AUCUGCAGAAUUAACGAUGGAUUCAUUUCACAUCAUGAUACUCUUAGCUAUCUCCAUGUUCCUCUUCUUCCUCCUCAACAACUUUAGAAGAUCUUUGUCGAAAACUCUCCUCCCUCUACCGCCAGGACCUCCCGGACUUCCAAUAAUCGGAAACCUACACGAGCUUGACACCUCCAACUUUGCAGACUACCUAUGGCGUCUUUCGAAACGUUAUGGGCCCUUAAUGUCCUUGCGUCUUGGUUGUGUACAAACCCUCGUUGUUUCGUCCGCUGAAAUGGCGAAAGAAGUGUUGAAAACCAAAGAUUUGAUCUUCUGUAACCGGCCUGUGUUAACCGGCCAGCGGAAGUUGUCGUAUGAUAAUAAAGACAUAGUGUUUUCGCCAUACAAUGAGUAUUGGAGACAGAUGAGAAAGACUUGCACCCUUCAUUUGUUUUCAAUGAAACAUGUGAACUCAUGUCGACCUGUUCGCGAAGAAGAAGUGUUCGACAUGAUCGACAAGAUUAAGACUCGAAUCGCGAAGAAAGAGUUGGUGAAUUUGAGUGAAAUUCUGAUGGUUCUCACGAGUAACAUCAUUUCCAGAGUUGCAUUUGGGAAAAAACCAGUGUUUUCAGAACCAGACCGGACAGCACAGAUAGUCCGGUUAAAUGAGUACGAUGACGAACAACAAGUGACACGGUUUAAUGAGCUUUUAUGUCAGUGUCAAUCUAUGUUUGCUACCUUCUUUUAUAGAGAUCAUUUUCCUUUGAUGGGGUGGCUGCUUGAUGUACUUAAUGGAAGCAUGGCUAGACUCGAAAAGAAUUUCAAAGACAUGGAUGAGUUCUAUCAAGAACUCAUCGAUGAACACGUUAAUCGAAAUGAACCGAACAAUAAGCAAGAAGAUAUGGUUGAUAUCUUGCUUAAACUCAAGCAAGAUUCGGAUUGUUCAUUCGAACUCACUUAUGAUCACAUCAAAGCUGUACUCAUGAAUAUCUUGUUGGGAGGAACAGAAACAAGUGCUGCAACAGUGGUGUGGGCAAUGACUUUGCUGAUGAAGAAUCCUAAAUCUUUAAAGAAAAUUCAACAAGAAGUGAGAAACGCGAUCAGAAACAAAGGAAAAGUGCACGAGGAUGAUCUUUAUAAACUCGACUAUCUAAAAGCAGUGAUCAAAGAGACACUUAGAUUGUAUCCAAUUGCGCCCCUUUUACUCCCACGCGAAUCACGAGAACGAUGUGUUCUAAACGGAUUCGAAAUACCUAAGAAGACUCUAGUUUAUGUGAACGCGUGGGCGGUUGGCCGUGAUCCACAAUGUUGGGACAGACCUGAAGUGUUUGAGCCAGAGAGGUUUAUGGGUAGUAGUGUUGAUUACAAAGGGACUGAUUUUGAGUUGAUCCCAUUUGGGUCGGGUCGGAGGGUGUGUCCAGGGAUGUCGUUAGGAACUGCGACUGUGGAGGUCGCUCUUUCGAACCUUGUUUACUCGUUCGACUGGGAAAUGCCUGAGGGGACGGGUGAGAUCGAUACUUUGACGACGCCAGGUACGGUUGCGCGUAAGAAGAAUGAUCUUCGACUUGCUGCUAAAGUAUAUGAUCAUGGGUGCCGAAGUUGAGUAGGUUUGGAUGCUUUGAUCAUGUGUUAUGGUGGAUUGUGACAAGUUAAUAGUGUUUUUAGUCGUUUUGUUAGUCCUAUAAUUAGACGAUCAAUAAAUCAUAAAACUCUCAACAUAAUUAAAUAAUAUCUUUUGAAUAUUAUAAUUUGUUCUGUUCUAUACAAA